AUGGCAUCGGUACGAGUACGUAUUGCGAUCGCGACCAACGCUUUGGGGAAGGCCGUGUCUGGACAUACCAUCGAGACGAAACUUGAAGCAGUAAAGCGACAUGGAUUUGAUGGUGUCGAGCUGGCAUUUGAAGAUCUUGAGAGCCAUGCAGCUCUGGGCGAAUAUGACGGUCUAUCUGGUCGAGAAGAUCGACUUCGUGCAGCUGCGGCAGAUAUCAAGUCCAAGGCGACCGCACUGUCACUGGAAAUCAUCGCAGUCAACCCAUUUGUAUCCUACGACGGCCUAGUAGAACUGGCAGAUAUCGAGGAGCGCCUACAGGAGGCUGAGCUUUGGUUGCAACUCUUACAGAUUCUGGAAGCUCCAAUCCUUCAAAUUUGUUCUUGCAUCUAUCCUCUAGAGAAGACCAUUACGCCAGACAUUCACAAGAUUGCCGCAAAUAUGCGGAGACUUGGUGAACUGGCUCUCAAGUACGACAAGAUUGUAGCGUAUGAGGCCAUCGCCUGGGGAAUUCACAUCGAUACCUGGCAGCAAAUACAAGACAUUGUGGCACUGGUCGACCUCCCCAACGUUCGUCAUUGUCUUGACACUUUCCACAUUGCUGCCAAAGAAGCAGGAGAUCCUUUCAAUAAAUCAUCACCCAUCCGACCUGGUGGACUGGAGAAUCUCCAAGCCAGCCUAGAUGAGAUGAAAAAGACCAUUCGACCAAGUGACAUUGGAUACUUCCAAUUGAGCGAUGCUACCGUUGCAGAUCCAGAGCAAAAGAACUAUCCCAGGCGCGAUUUCAACCAGCCUUCCUACAUGACACAAUCUAGAAACUGUCGAAUCUUCCCCUGCGAACCGUCUCGUUAUGGUGGAAGUCUACCUGCCUUGGAGGUUGCAAAGACAGUCUUUGAGCUAGGCUACCGAGGUUGGGUCUCACUGGAAGCGUUCCAUACAGACAUGUGGAAAACGGAUGCUAGCGCUCUAGAAGUUAUGGAGACAAUCACAGUUGACGUUCUUGUGUGCGGUGGCGGGAUGUCAGGGCUGGCAUGCGCCGCCUUUGCCGCGGAGUCGGGAGCAAAGGUGUUGGUGGUAGAGAAACAGGCAAGUAUUGGAGGUUCCUCUCUGUACUCUGCUGGCAUGUUCUGGGGUCCUCGAGACUAUGAGGCACUGAGGCAAUGGGUCCCUGAUGGUGACCGCGAAUUGCAACGAGCCUGGAUGGACGAUUACUUGCCUGCGGUCGAGUGGAUGAGGCAGAUGGGCGUGCCAACAUCCCAGCGAUUUAGUCCGAUCAUGACGAUAGGCGUCGGCUACCCGAUCAAAAUCCCACAUCUCCAUGACUUGCAUUUGAGACGGAUCAAGAAUAGUGCGACAGGGUCAGAGGUUUGGACCAGGACACAGGUAAUAAAGCUUCUUCAAGACAACGAAAUUCCUGGAUCCAGAGUCUCGGGCGCAAUAAUUCAACGGUGGUCGUCGAAUGGUCAAGAUCCGCAAUAUCUCAAGGUCAGAGCCAAACGAGUUGUUCUCGCGACCGGAGGAUUUCAAGGAUCGUCUGACCUCACAUCGAAACAUCUCGGCCCAGGGGCUGACAAUAUCUUUGUGAGAUCAAAUCAAGGAUCUGUGGGUGACGGUCUUAAUCUUGCAUCGUCCGCGGGAGCGGGUAACAGCCGUGGCAUGGGGACUUACUAUGGCCAUCUGCUCGCUGCUCCAUUAAGAAGGGAAGCUGUCACUCCUUAUGAUUUUUUGCCCCUUGCACAAUACCAGAGCCGGCAUUGUCUCCUCAUUAAUGAAAGUGGGAGAAGAUUCACUGAUGAAACUCUGGGCGACGAGGUUGUCAAUCAGUAUUUGGCUAAGCAGGACAAUCGUCGUGGGUUCCUGCUCUUUGAUGACAAGACGAGGCGCAAGCAUUGCGUUUCUGCUCUCUUUCCCAAUGCCGGAGACGUUGAUCGUCUUGCAAAGGCUAGAUCCCAUGGUUGUAAUGUUGCGAGUGCCCCAACCUUGGAUGGCUUGGUCAAGAUUCUCGAAGGAUGGGGAGUAAAUGGUCAGCAGGCCCGCCACACCAUUGAGCAGUACCACCGCGCAGUGACCUCGAAUGAUGCCAAGAUCAGUCUGGACGUUCCUGUGGGGCGAGCUGGCCCGCCUCCAGACUCUUUACUUGACGGUGAAGCCGAUUUCUUUGCGAUGGAAGUUCAGCCCUCAAUCACAUUCUCCUAUGGAGGCAUUGCAAUCGAUCGAAACGGACAUGCAAUCACGGCAGACAAAGCACCCAUUCCUGGGCUUCUGGUAGCAGGAGUGGAUGCAGGUGGGUUCAGCAACCUGGGAUAUGCUGGAGGCCUGGCCCUGGCGUUUGUGACAGGAUUUUGGACUGCGCGGACGAUAGCCCGCGAACUUGGAUUGGUCGAGCCAAAACUACCAUCCAUUGCACCAGAGGAUCGUGACCUAACUGCGCGGGCAUCUCUCUAA